AUGUGUAGGGGUUGUCCCCCUAUCAUUCUUGGCGGUCUUACCCUUAUCCUAUCCUCGCAACGUCAGGGGAUUGCCUCCUCGGUUGCAGAGCCCUGGAUGUGUAGGGGUUGUCCCCCUAUCAUUCUUGGCGGUCUUACCCUUAUCCUAUCCUCGCAACGUCAGGGGAUUGCCUCCUCGGUUGCAGAGCCCUGGAUGUGUAGGGGUUGUCCCCCUAUCAUUCUUGGCGGUCUUGCCCUUAUCCUAUCCUCGCAACGUCAGGGGAUUGCCUCCUCGGUUGCAGAGCCCUGGAUGUGUAGGGGUUGUCCCCCUAUCAUUCUUGGCGGUCUUACCCUUAUCCUAUCCUCGCAACGUCAGGGGAUUGCCUCCUCGGUUGCAGAGCCCUGGAUGUGUAGGGGUUGUCCCCCUAUCAUUCUUGGCGGUCUUACCCUUAUCCUAUCCUCGCAACGUCAGGGGAUUGCCUCCUCGGUUGCAGAGCCCUGGAUGUGUAGGGGUUGUCCCCCUAUCAUUCUUGGCGGUCUUGCCCUUAUCCUAUCCUCGCAACGUCAGGGGAUUGCCUCCUCGGUUGCAGAGCCCUGGAUGUGUAGGGGUUGUCCCCCUAUCAUUCUUGGCGGUCUUACCCUUAUCCUAUCCUCGCAACGUCAGGGGAUUGCCUCCUCGGUUGCAGAGCCCUGGAUGUGUAGGGGUUGUCCCCCUAUCAUUCUUGGCGGUCUUUCCUUAUCCUAUCCUCGCAACGUCAGGGGAUUGCCUCCUCGGUUGCAGAGCCCUGGAUGUGUAGGGGUUGUCCCCCUAUCAUUCUUGGCGGUCUUUCCUUAUCCUAUCCUCGCAACGUCAGGGGAUUGCCUCCUCGGUUGCAGAGCCCUGGAUGUGUAG